UACCACAUCUACAGAGGAAGUGUUUUCUUUCGGAGUUAGACUACUGUCUGACAGGUCUGUCCUCAGAGCUCUCACACUCAACUGUGGUGGCUUAUCCACAAACAGAGGGGUGAUUGCCAAUAUAUGUUGAACUCCUUGAGGAAAGAGAUUGAUAUAAGGUCAAGUACAAACAGCUAUGAAGCUCACAGAUUCCUUUGUGAUUUUACUAUUCCUAUUCCUAUAUCAAGUCAAGUCUCAGAGGACACGGACCAAUAAAAUGAUAAAGACUAUAUCUCAAGAUAAAGGAAUUUCUCACCAAGGCAUUGAGGAUUUCCCCUUGCCCAUUCAAGCAAUAACUUCAUCUAACAUUUCUAUACUGGAACAUCCAAUGCUUUCAACAAGAGGCCCUAUGCUGUCAUCUCCACGUGAGCACAAAUCCCCUGAGGAUAUGAAGCUCCAUCUUCUGAAGAAUACACAUGUGACUUGUAAUGAUGGCACAACAGCAGGGUACUACAUACGAGAAGCCAAAGCAAACAAGCGUUGGAUUAUAUUUUUGGAAGGGGGAUGGUGUUGUUACAGUAGAGAGACUUGUGAUAUCAGAUAUAAAAGUGCCAAACGGUUAAUGAGUUCCUCAAACUGGCCAAAGACCAGAAAAGGCACAGGAAUUCUCUCGUCCAGGCAAGAUGAGAAUCCUCACUGGUGGAAUCUAAAUGCUGUUUUUGUGCCCUACUGCUCAAGUGAUGUCUGGAGCGGAAACAUAUCCAAAGCUAAUAAUGACUAUUCAUUCAUGGGAUCAUUAAUAAUUCAGGAGGUAAUUCGAGAUUUAGUACCAAGAGGCAUAAAACAGGCCAAAACUGUCAUUCUGGCAGGUUCCAGUGCUGGAGGUACUGGAGUCCUUAUCAAUAUUGACCGAGUGUCAGCACUUGUAGAAGAGCUAACAGCAGACACUGUGCAAGUACGAGGCCUUGUCGAUUCUGGGUGGUUUUUGGACAAGAAACAAGCAAAAUCUGAGUGUACAGAUGGCUCCUCAUGCGCAUUAACUGAUGCUAUCAAGAGAGGUUUGAAGCUUUGGAAUGGAGUACUUCCAGAUAAAUGCAGACAACAGUUUAAGAGAGGGGAUGAGUGGCAGUGCUUCUACGGCCCCAAGUCCUUUAUAUCGAUGAAAUCCCCUAUCUUUGUGGUUCAGUGGCUUUAUGAUGUGGAACAGCUAAGAAUAGAAAACAUCCAACCUGAUUUCCAAUUCAUGACAGCAAAUCAGUGGAAUAACAUACAGAUCAUUGGACGAGAGCUGAAGAAGUCGCUGCGUGAAGUCCCGGCAGUUUUUGCUCCAGCCUGCUUCUCCCACACACUCAUUACAGAAAGCAACUGGCUGGAUUUUCAAGUAAAAGGAGUGAACUUGGCUCGAGCUUUGCAAUGUUGGGAGAAAAGCCUACAGGAGCGAAGAGGUCACAAGACUGUCAUCCGUGGAUGUCCCUUCCAUUUAAUAGACAAUUGCCAUUGGCCUCAUUGCAACCCCACAUGUCCAGCCCUUCAUGAUCCUGUGACUGGCCAAGAAGUGACCUUAUUGCAAAUGUUCCUCAGGCUGAACCUUGAAAACCAGAAGAGAGGUCAGGAGCCCAGAGGAGAUCUAAGCCAGUUGAUGGCCAUGUUAAGAAAUGGCGGUUAAUCAGAACUUUAUUACAUUUUAUCAUACAUUAUUUAUGAUAGUUCCUAUAUCAAUGAAACUGAACUUUUUUUAAGCUUCAGUUGGCUGAAGGAUGCUUGAAGAUGGAGUGUUUAAACUACCCAAUAAGCUCUAUUUUUUAUGUGGUUUACAGGUUAUACCAAACAUGUACAAGUUUCUGCAAAAAGUUAGAUAUAUGCAAAAACCAACAAUAUUUAACUUGAUUUUAACUUAAACUUUCUUAUAAAAGUUAAAGGGUAAUAAAUCCAAACACAAAGAUGUAA